AUGGCACUGGUUCGACAGCGAGAUCCAGUCGGAAUUGAGGUCACCAUGAAAGGGCAUGCAGAGGCCCGCAAUGUCAACGAGCUAUGGGCGGGCCAGACCAACAUCAAAGAGCGGCGCAAACUGCAGAACAGAUCGAACAGACGGGCAUAUCGAAAACGCCAGGCUCAGCAGAACCUCCUCCCACGGCAGGAAGUGGAAAAGGCUGGACAAGUACUUCAACCCUGCCAGCGGACGCGAGGACCCAAACUUCCGGGACUACAUGUGUUCGCUCUCAAACCUCAACGCGACAGGGAUUCACGAUGCCCCAUUUCUCUGAAUUCUUUCGUGAAAGCCUCCGCGGCCACCGACCAAGUUCGCCGCGAUUCCACACCUGAUUCCGGCGGGCAAGACGCAACCCCGCUCAAGCUCGUUCAGUCCUGGCGUCGAAAUUUUGAAGAAAGAGUGCUACAGGCUCGAUUGGACCAGGUCGAGUUGAUCAGCUGCUGUGGCCUUGAUCCGGGCAGCACAGAUUCGGACUCCGUGGUGUUGGAAGAAUACCUCAUCCGUGCAUUGAACAUUCGCUCCCGCUAUCCCCUUCCAGCCGAUCACCUCCUCAAUCUGAUGUAUUAUAAUGUGUUCCGUGGUCUCAGCAGGAACAUCCGAUCGCUCAAUCUGGAACUAAACCACAUGGCAUCGUCACACUAUCCAAGCCCCUUCAUAGCUGGACGAAUCGACACAUCCACCAUGGCCCCUGACUUUCACCCCACGAUCGUGCAACGGACCAUACCUCAUCAUCCGUGCUUUGAUAUCUUUCCUGAUUCGGUGCUUCGUGAUAAUGCCAUUAUGCAAUGGGGGCUGACUUUUCCCGAAUUCGAAGCACGAUUGUGUAUGAUCUUGGCGGGCCGAUAUACCUGGCAUGAGAUUGACAUUCCUUUGCGGCAUGGCUGUGUGCUCUGGGGAGAACCGGACGCCGUGGAGAGCUGGGAGGUCACGGAGGGUUUUGCGAAAGAUUGGCCUUUUUUAGUCGCUGGUGCCUUUCGAUUAGAGGCUGCCACGAAUCGGUGGAGGCGCCUUCGUGGAGAACCCCCGAUCAGCUUUGCCUCAGGCUACUGA